CUCCCUUCUAUUCCAACCUAAGGACAUCGCGGCAUACAGCGCUAUCCAGUGACAAAUUUUGGUCUCGAUGUUAACCAGUCUUUCCCUGCCAGUAAGGCAAACCCGCGUGAAUCAUCUCGCGCUUCAUGUCGACUAAAUCCACAUUCCCCCGGAAAGCGAUUUCCUCUGACAAGCCUAAGACAAACGAGCCAGCGUCAACAAAAAUGCCGCAUGCAACUGGUUCCGAAGUGGUGGAGUCUGAAGAUGAGGACUUCAACAAUGUGAUGCGCCAAAUGAAUGCGCCGACAAACGAAGCCUCAUUCGACUUUCUACAACGAGAACUCGAACCGGGAGAGAAGGCGGAUGAUGCGGUGGACUAUGAGGAUAUCGAUGACGAUGAUCUUCCGGACGAAGAGCUUGGGUUUUCGAACCUUGAGAACGGGGAUGGAAAAAAGGCGUCGAUUCAGGACGACUGGAGCGCGAUGGAAGGUAUGGAAGGCAUUCUGACUGCAGGGGCCUUAGACCAGCACCCGGUGGGCGAUGAGCUCGACGAUUUAUUUGGGGAUGUCCCAUCGUCACCUGUAGGUGGACAUGCCGACCAGAAUGACGAAUUGCCACCAAUCGGAUCUGAAGCUAUUUCCUCUCUCGACGUUCUCGAUGUAGCAUCUCCAACCAAAGAGAAUGACACAACGGAGGUUGCGCGUGGAAUGGAUAGGGGCUCUGUUAUGGCUCCUACAGAUAUGGACGCGGCAACGUUUAAAGAAUACCAACUCCAACAAGCACUUUUUGCAAUGUCAUCGUACGGACCUGACAAUCCGCCUGCGCCACCCGAGAACCACGAGGAACUUUUGGCAUCUCUUUGGCCCAAAUUCGACCGAAAUGCUAUGCCGCGAUUUCUAGAGCUUCUACCUCCGAAAAAGUCACAUUUUGCAGGGAAAUCUCCCUUGAAGCCACCGAAGCGAAUUGUUCCUACAAAACUUAACCUUGAACUGGCUCAGGACCAGGAACGAGCAUUUCGUACUACCGGCCAAACCCUGAAGCGUGCAUUGGAUUUGGAGAAUACUUCCAUUGUCGUUAUUACUCCUCCUGCCGAGGCAACAGGUGGUUCAAGUGGUAGUAUGGAUAUUGAUGGUGAUCUGGACGAGGAGCUUCCCGGCGGAAUUACUAUGCAGGACUUACAAUUUAUUUGCGCCGAUUGGGAUAUAAAGACUCCAGUUACUGAUAGUGAGGAGGAGGAGAUGAAAACCGUAGUAGAAGUCAAACCCAAUGAGCAACCCGGUGCGGAAGAUGAUGACUGGCUGUUUGAGACGAACCGCCCAACUAAGAAGCGUAGGCUGGACAAAUCACCAGCGGACUACAUAUCAAGCAUGCCGAUCGAUAUGCCCUUGUUUGACGAUCCAGUAAGUGAAACUGCGAGGCUUGCGAAGAAGAUACAGAUUGACCUGAAUGACCCGUAUCUAUUGCUUGAUGAGCGUCCUUCGGAAGCAGCUUUACAAGCCCCCAAGCGGUUGGGGACUGUGAACCGAGAUGAAAUUGCGGGGAGCUUUACGAAGCGUUUAAUCAAACGAUAUAAUAUCUCCAAUGACGAUGCUUACGAUAUGCUCAAAGAAAACCAUCAAAACAAAGUCAGAAGCACUCUCGGGAGUGUGGCGCUUGAGCACAGUUUGCCAGCUGUGCGCCUCCAAUGGCCGUACUACAAAACGAAACUCGCGAGACAAGAGGCACGAUCUUUCCAUCGCCCGAGUUUGAGCUUUUACCCCAAUUUACCUAUAUCAUUCAAAAAGCCUCUCCAUAUUAAACGGAAGCAUCAGAAGGGCAAGGACGUCAAAACCUUGUACACCUCAACAAAAUCCCUAUCUCUCUCCGAUAAUUCGAAUGUUCUUUUACUGGAGUAUUCUGAAGAGCAUCCAACUAUGAUGUCGAAUUUCGGAAUGGGCAGCCGUUUGAUCAACUAUUAUCGACGAAAGAAUAUGGAGGAUCCUGCUCGUCCCAAAGCGGAGAUUGGUGAAACGGCUGUGCUAUUGCCCCAAGAUAAAAGUCCGUUCUCCAUAUUCGGGCAUAUUGAUCCGGGAGAAACAAGUGCCGCGAUUACGACUGCAAUGUUUCGAGCCCCCGUAUUCCAGCAAGAACCAAAACCAACAGAUUUCCUUGUAAUCCGCAACAGCACUGGGAUUGAUGGUUCGAGUUACUAUAUAAGGAACAUUGAGAACCUAUAUGUCGUUGGACAGCAGUUCCCUUCGGUCGAUGUUCCGGGGCCACAUUCGCGGAAAGUAACCACGGCCUCGAAGAAUCGUUUGAAAAUGAUCUGUUACCGGCUACUGAAAAGAAACAAGAAACACAGAGUCAGUGUCGCUGACAUCACAGAACAUUUUCCUGAAUCCAGUGACAUGCAGAAUCGACAAAAGAUGAAAGAAUUCCUUCAAUUUUCAAAGGAUCAUAAAGAAUGGGAAAUGAAGCCUGGAGAUCCUAUCCCAGAUGAGGAUGUUUUGCGUGGCUAUGUUAAGCCAGAAGAUAUUUGCCUUCUCGAAGCUAUGCAAGUUGGUCAGCAACAUCUUCACGAUGCUGGCUAUGAUCGUGAUGAAGAUGAUGCGGAUGAUGACGAGAAGGAAGGCGAGAGUUCCGAACAACAGCUUGCUCCUUGGAAAACGACACGUAAUUUCUUGCUUGCAACCCAGGGUAAGGCUAUGUUACAGCUACACGGAGAAGGAGAUCCUACCGGUCGAGGCGAAGGGUUCAGCUUUAUCAAGACUUCCAUGAAGGGAGGGUUCAGGGCUAUAGGAGAAAGUGUUGAAGAUAAGCUCGAUGCUCAAAGGCUUAAGGAGCUUGGCGGUCAUAGCUAUAAUGUUGCUCGACAACAAAAGUCCUAUGAAGAGUCGAUCCGACGUAUCUGGGAAGCACAAAAAACAAGCUUAUCCUCGACGAUCGAACAUUCAGAUGAGGAGAGUGACAUUGACCGCGAUGAGCCAGAUGAGGUAUUUACCAAGCCAAGGGCCAGGUCAGAACGACCUACGCCAGGGUUAGGCCGACGAGACGACGAGACGACCAGCCAAUUCAGCCGCAUGAGCACGGCCAGCCAUACUGGCAAGGUUAUGAAAAUUACCCGUAAAGUACCUAACUCUAAAGGUGGUUAUGAUGAAGUGCAGGAAAUCGUGAAGGAUCCGCGCGUGAUCAAGCAAUACGUCAAGCAGCGACAUGAAGCCGAAGCGCGAAACUUAAUACUGGGGGAUAUUAAACCGACGGGGGAUCCUGAAACGGAUGCCCGACGGAUGAAACAGUUGCACCUCGAGCUCCAACGCCUUCAACGUAACAAGGAACGCCGUCAUGCCCGCGAAAGACAAAAAGGCAUUACCUCGGAUGUCGCGUCACCCGGGGGUGCGAAUUCCCCCACUACCGCCGUCCCCAAAGGAGGAGGCACCCAAAGGAAAUGCGCAAAUUGCGGCCAGGUCGGACAUAUCAAAACCAACAAAAAGUGCGCGCAAUACUUGAUUUAUUAA